AGAAAUCUUUUCAGUUAAAGUUCGUACCCGACCGGAGCUAGAUCAAAGUUUUCGGGGAUCCUGGGCAAGGGUUCGUCCCAUUUCGAAGCUUUUUAGGAAGUUCGGCUAAGAUCGGUUCCUUUCUCUAUUAGAGAGGUACAGGGGAGAAGGGAGUGAUCGCCAAUCACUGAUUGUUUGAGGAGUGUAUGCGUAUAUGUUCCUGUCUCUUUCUUGUGUGUGUUUGUGUCUGUGUAUGUGUAUGUGUGUGUGGUACGUGUCUUGCCGCUCGACUAGAGACGGAUAAUUGCUGCGCCACGUGGUCGUGCUCCGCAUCGACAAAGUGUUUCCGUUGCGUGUCUCGUUGAAUGUUUGCCCGUGUGUAGUGUGUGCCAGUAGUAAACCUAGUAAGCCAGCACCGAACAAAACGCCAUCACACCAUCCCGCAUCAUUCUGCCCGCGCGAUCACGGCCGACCAACACACCCGUCGGAUAGCCAAUUCGCUCCCGGACGCUCAUGCCAUGCGCAGCUCAAUCUCUCAGCUCUUCUCGGCAGCGACAGACCACGAUGCCGGAGGGCGCAACGCACAUCAGCUACAGGCGGCCGGUACGGGAACUCCCACACAGUGCACUAACGGCUAUGCAGGACACAGUGGAUCAAUUAAAGAUGUAUCAAAGACAGACUGGAAUUCCCGCAUCGGGGACGGAACAGCGCAGCUCAACGGGACUCUCGGGCGAGGGACGUCCGAAACGGCAGAGACCGACUCAUCAGGGACCGGGGGGAUGCGGGACGCGUUGGAGGGGCCGGGCUCAGCGCAGAACGACGCUAUUCACCUCAAGAGACGGGUGGGACUCUUCAGUGGGGUUGCUUUAAUUGUCGGUACCAUGAUUGGGUCCGGAAUUUUCGUGUCGCCAUCUGGUUUACUGGUGCGAACUGGUUCCAUUGGUGUGAGCUUUAUCAUUUGGAUGGCCUGUGGAUUGCUCUCGUUGUUAGGUGCAUUGGCGUACGCUGAGUUAGGCACGAUGAAUACUUCGUCCGGAGCAGAAUGGGCAUACUUUAUGGACGCGUUCGGGGCCUGGCCCGCCUUCCUGUUCUCGUGGGUGUCGACGCUGGUGCUGAAGCCGUCCCAGAUGGCGAUCAUCUGCCUGUCGUUCGCGCAGUACGCGGUCGAGGCGUUCGUGUCCGAGUGCGAUCCGCCGCUGAGCGUGGUGAAGAUGGUUGCGAUCCUUGCGAUCGUGAGCAUCCUGUUCGUGAAUUGCUACAGCGUGAACCUGGGCAUGGCCGUGCAGAACGUGUUUACGUCGGCGAAGCUGAUCGCGGUGCUGAUCGUGAUCUGUGGCGGUGCGUACAAGCUGUGCCAGGGCAACACGCAGCAUCUGCAGAAUGCAUUUAGCGGCACUACGCCGUCGCUGGGUGCGAUCGCGACCGCUUUCUACACCGGCCUGUGGGCGUACGACGGCUGGAACAAUCUGAACUACGUGACGGAGGAGAUCCAGAAUCCGAGCAAAAAUCUUCCCCGCUCGAUCAUCAUCGGCAUCCCGCUGGUGACGCUGUGCUACGCGCUGAUCAACGUCUCCUACCUGGCCGCCAUGUCGCCGACGGAGAUGAUCGAGUCGGAAGCGGUCGCGGUCACGUUCGGCAACCGCAUACUGGGCGUGAUGGCGUGGCUGAUGCCGCUGAGCGUCACCAUCAGUACGUUUGGCAGCGCGAACGGCACGCUGUUUGCGGCGGGACGACUCUGCUUUGCUGCCAGCCGCGAGGGGCAUCUGCUGGACAUACUGUCCUACGUGCACGUUCGUCGUCUAACGCCGGCGCCUGGGUUAAUCUUUCACUCGCUUAUUGCCGGUGCGAUGGUGCUGUACGGUACGAUCGAUUCGCUGAUCGACUUCUUCAGCUUCACCGCCUGGAUCUUCUACGGUGGCGCCAUGGUCGCCCUGAUCGUGAUGCGCUACACCAAACCGAACUACCCCCGACCCUACAAAGUCCCACUUAUCAUUCCAAUUUUGGUUAUGGUCAUUUCCGGCUACCUUGUGGCGGCUCCCAUCAUCGAGAAGCCGCAAAUCGAGUACCUGUACGCAGUGCUGUUCAUACUGGCUGGGCUGAUCUUCUACGUACCCUUCGUGCACUACGGUUACCAUCCAAAGUUCAUGGACAACGUUACCCUCUUCUUCCAAAUGCUGUUUGAGGUGGUGCCCACGACGUCGAUGGCAAUGUUUGACUAGGAAUGGAUACCACCACUACCACCAUACCAUACCCCGCCGCCACCAUAAAGACCGGGGCAACAGAAAAAAACCUCCCAACACUGCUCGAUGCAUCCAAUGCAGCAGCAAAAUGGCACAAAACAACAACAGCAACAACAAGUCGUCUAUCUAUAAUCGUCAACAAACUUACAUCCACCUACUCCUACUACUACUACUACUACUAGCGCAUAACUUUCUCCCGCGUGUUUGCGCGUGGUAUCCCCCCAAUUGCGAUCGUGACAUUAGUAAUACUUAGCUAUGUUAGUAGUAGUUUUCUAGUAGUA